AUGAGUUCGCAAGGUAAAAGUAGCCUGGGAAGCUGUGAUAGAGAUGAGAAGAAAUAUGAGAUGGUGCCUCCAGAAGGCGGAUGGGGCUAUGUGGUUUGCGUUGGCCUCUCGGUUAUUUUUAUCGCUGGCACAGCUCAUCAGCCGGUCUUCGGGUUCAUAUAUAACGACUUUCUGGAUGACUUAGGAGUUGGAACGGGUGCCGUUACGGUUGUAUUCGGUGUGUUCCAGGUCACAGUAGCGAUAGCUGGUUUCUGUUCAAACAUAGUUCUCAAGAAACUAUCGCUAAGACAAGUCGGUCUUAUAGGAGCGUUUACAUAUACGUUAGCCUCAUUCCUAGCCAUAUUCGUAGCAUCUACAACUCAACUAAUUAUUACAAAUGGGUUCCUACAAGGUUUGGGAAUGGGCCUCCUCAUCCCGGUAUCCUAUACAAGUUUUAAUAGUUACUUUACGAGGAAAAAGGUGCUUUAUUUAAGUUUAUGUAAGGCUUCGAUUGGAUUGAUAACGAUGGUGUACCCACUUUUCAUAAAGUUUACAAUAACUGAGUACGGUUUCCGAGGGACACUGGCUAUCCUGUGUGCAAUAUCGGCUCAUAGUAUUUUUGGUGCUCUGGUGAUGCAACCAGUACAAUGGCAUAUGGUCAAAAGAAUGAAGUCUUGUGAAAAAAUCAUCCUUAUUCCACCAACCCCAGCGUCAGAAAAUAGUGAAGAAAAAUUUAAUUUUAUAAAUAAUGACGUCGCAAUACAAGAUACAAAAUCUGUACAAGAUUUGUAUACAAAAACUGACAAAGAUCAGAAAGAAUCUGGAUUGCUAUUCCUACCAAAGUUCACUGAUUCAAGGCGGCUCAGUAUUCCCGUAGUAUUGAUCCCGAGUGAUUCGAGGACAGACAGCAAAUUUAACUCUAGUGAUAACGUGUACUUAGAAAACUUGUUCAAGGCCGCUUCAGUAUCCAGUUUGGGUAAUUUUGGAAAUGUUGUUGUUGAUCCAUUGCCUAUUAUAAAAAAUAAGGAAGGAAAAUGGCAAACGAUAGCGGAGUACUUAGAUUUAACUCUUUUAAAGGACUUGGUUUACGACAACAUUAUAGUUGGGAUGUCGAUGACGUUUUUUGCAGACUUGACGUUUUUCACACUAGAACCCCUCUUUCUUGAUAAGAAUAACUUAAGUAAGGCGGAGAUAGCGAACAUUAUAGCUAUUGGGGGCGCCACAGAUAUGUCUGCUCGACUCCUCCUCGGUGUGUCGGGGCAGUUCUUCAAAAUGAAUAGCCGAUAUAUGUUUUAUGUCGGUGCUCUACUUACCGCCUUGUUUAGAUUAGUCUUCAUACAGUUCACAACGUACCUUCCACUGCUUAUAUUGACGGGGAUUCUUGGAGGUCUGCGAUCCCUGGUACAUAUAGCGCAACCCAUAGUCAUGGCAGAACACGUUCCUAUAGAACGCUAUCCACCUGCAUACAGUCUGUACAUGUUACUAGCGGGUGCCAUCAGUUUGAGUGUGGGGCCUAUGAUAGGUUUCAUUCGUGACUACACCGGAAGUUAUGUAAUAGCGUUCCUCAUGCUAGCAAUAUGCAAUUUUUGUUGUGUAGUUCCAUGGACCAUAGAAGCUAUCGUGGUAAAAUGUAAAAGAAAAAGUACAAAAACGUAA